AUGUCCUAUGGCGCCCUUUUGACCCCAAUCGGCAAGUCCACCGACCUUGUCUUCCCGUCGGAUGAAGUCUCACCAGAAGUUCGACCCCCAGCUGCCGACCAACAAAACAACCUUGAGACAAGCCAUGAACUAUGCCCUGUGUUAUCGCCCGAGUCUCGCUAUACGUUCCAUGAGACACUGCCAUGGCAAGUUUUCUCGAGGAACGAAGACGCGGGCGCAGUAGCCUUUCAACUUCUUCAAGAUAACUGGUAUGUAUUCAAACAUCUGUACCUCGACACCUGGGUGCAGCAGGCAAUGGGAAGAUCGCCGGCUGCAAUUGUAGCCUUCAACACAUAUUAUAAUCGAUUGAGCUAUUCUCUGCUCCACUUUCUCGGCCAGUACCCGGAGGAGAUCGAGAAAUAUACAGCCGUUGUCACGCUGAUCCGGCGUAAUGAUCUGUUUUUAUCUAUGGCGAUAUCUUAUGCUGUUCGCUGUCGUAUGACACUUGAACCUUUUGAACCUCUCACCCUGAAUGUCGAUUGCAUUCUUCUUCCUCUCAAGGCGAUCCUUUCCAACCCGGACAAGCACAUCAUUCGACGGCUGACAGCUCUUGAGGUCCGUUAUCGCCGCUAUCUAGCUAGUCCAACCUUGGCCCAGGGCGACGAGUUCCCUAUCAACACCGAGUUUCUAAUUCAGAUCAGCGAAAGCUCACCCGACACAGUGGCUCUACAACUUAGUGCAGUUGCCCUGCGUGAAUUCCAUCAAUUGAGCCUCCACAGCGUGCAGGCAAAGACCGGUGCUCUGCCUCGGCUUGGUAUCAGAUGGGACCGCCUGUGCCGCGAGACAGAAGAGGCAGCCGUGGUUCCGGAGCUGGGUGGUGCACUGCAGUCUUUAGUACUGGACCUUUACAAUCUGCGCAAUUUCUUCGCCCUUACCGCCGUCUUAAGUGGAUUGUCACUGGCUGGUCAGCGGCCAGAACCUAUCAACCACCUCUUUGACUUUGUCAAUAGUGAAGGAAAUUAUAGGCGCUAUAGGACCACUGUCCAUGAGAAGCCAUCUCUCCCUUUCCUCUAUCCGUUGAUUAUCGAUUACACACGAGGCAACCAGAAGGCUCUCCAGGAUAUAUUCGGCUUUCUCCAUUACCAUCACUUCCUCAAGGAGACGAAAGAACGUAUACCCCACCACUGUCUUGAGUGA